AUGGCGCGAACCUACAACGGAACGAACUCCAGCCAGCCGGCCCUUUUCAGCGUCAAUCCGUCCGCGCCGCCGCUGCCGGCCAUCGACUACAUCCUUUACUUCUCCAUCAUCCAAAGCAUCAACAUCGUCAUGAUGGCGCCGUCGAUCGCCUUUUUCGUCUGCAUCAACGUCAUCAUCUUCGGCGAGGCGAGCCUCCGCGAGAACUCCCGCUACGUCCUCUUCUCCAACCUGCUCACGUGUGACACGUGCUUCCUCGCCUCGUCCGUCAUCAUCACGACGCUCAUCUGGCAGCGUCACCGGUACAGCCUCGCCGCCUGCUACACCUACGUCGUCGUGAGCGGCACGCUCAACCACUGCGGCGUCCUCUGCGUCACCCUCAUGUCCUUCGAGCGCUACGUCGCCGUGUGCCACCCGCUGCACCACGCCACGUGGUUCAACCGCCGCGCCACCGCCAUGUCGCUCGCCGCCAUCUGGGCGCUCGCCUCCGUGUGCCAGGUGGCACGCGGCAUCGUCGUGCUGGCGGGCGUCGCCGGUGGCAGCGCAGUCGAGCCGCCCCUCAACGUCACGUCGGCGUGCUCGACGUACGUCAUCGACGCCGCGAUGCCGAACUCCGACGCGCUCGUCGCCCUCCGCGAGCUGCCCAACGCCGUCUUCUUCACGGCGUGCGCCCUCACGCAGACGUUCGCCUACGUCCGGAUCGUGGCGGCGGCGAGGAGGGCGGCGGCGACCGCCUCCGACUCCGCGUCGAACGCGCGUCGCGCCACGAACACGGUGGUGCUGCACGCGGUGCAGCUCUUCCUCUACCUGUGCGCGCUCUCCAACACCCUGUUGCUCAUGCUCUUCACCCUCGUGACAUCCGACGUGCGCGUCAUCGCCGUCCUCAGGCUCAGCGCCUACCUGGUCAUCUUCUUCGGCUCGAGGUUCGUGGCGCCGCUUGUCUACGGCCUGCGGGACAAGGAGCUGCGGCGGCACUUCAGGAAGAGGGUCGCGUGCCGCUACUUUGCCGCGUCCAGCGGCAAAGUGGACGUGGCUUCGAACUGAGGGCAGUUGGCGCAAGGGAAAUGGAACAGGGGGCGGUGUUGUUCUCAGCGUUGCGUUUGUCGCUGCUGUGUGCGCAGAGGUGUGUCCACGGUUGACGUACGCCGGACGCGGCGAACAUCUUCCGUUACUUUUAGUCGCGCGGUGGUAUGGUAUGGGAUGUACGUGCGGUGGCAUGGUGUGGUAUGCUAUGUAGAUACGUGCAGUGGUAUGGUAUGGGACGUACGUGCGGUGGUUUGGUAUCGUACGCACGUACGUGCUGUGGUAUGGUGUGGUAUGGUACGUACAACUUAUUUCGCGCACCGUAAAUAACCGACUGUGCUCUCCCUGGAACCUGGUUUCGCUUCAAGUCGUUUCACGUAAAGUCGCACUUUAAUCACCACGUUAUCACCGAGGAGUGAGUGUGGUCAACGUCUUCUAGCCACCGUGGCGCCCCCAUGUGUAUGUAUUUGUACGUAUGUUGAACGUCUUUCUCACCAUACGUAGCCAACCGUGCUUAACGGAGCUGCCGUGGGAAGGACAACAAACUAAACACAACAACAAACAGUUCUAAAUGAUGACUUUGUCAAUCUAGAUGAUGAUGAUUUAAAAGUGGCGUAGCUCCCAGUGGCUUCCUAAUAUCGGAAGGAAGAGCGUUCCAGACGGCCACAGAAGCGGCAUCUGGAAGCGCCGCGCGAUGCGGUGACCAUCUUUGUUCGAUGGCCAGCCAAAAGUGUAGUGUAUAACGUAGU